UACAGAGAGAAACGCAUGAGGACUGCCAAACCUGCCAACACUGGACUAUGACGGACUCCUUGAUUCUUAUACGGGCCGAAUCAACAACAUGCCGAUUGUUUUUAUUUAUUUAUUUAUUUUCAUUACUGAGGAUUAACCCUUAACAUUUAAUAGAAUAUUUCUAUUUUUAUAAAAGUUUUCACUUAACCUGAAUAGUUUCCUGCACCAGGAACUUUUAGAGACUUGCCGGGACAGUGACUAUCGGUCUGAGAGAUGGAGGCAGAGGAGAAUAACAUUUCAGUGUGGGUUUGUCGCGAAGAGAGGCUCGUGUCGGGCUUGUCGAAGCGCACGACCUGCGCGGAUGUGAUCCGGGUUUUACUCGGGGAGCAGAACCUGGCGCAGCGCGCGUCCCUCUCGGGCUCUCCUCGGUCCUACUGCAUUGUAGAGAAAUGGAGAGGAUUUGAACGGAUUUUACCAAACAAAACCAAGAUAUUGCGACUGUGGAGCGCGUGGGGAGAGGAACAAGAAAACGUCCGGUUUGUGUUGGUGAAAAACGAGGCGUCUUUACCCAGCAACGGGCCGCGGAGCGCAGAGGCGCGCGUCGUUCUCAGCAAAGAGAGCCCGUGUGUCUACAAGGGGACCGCGAGAGUGACCAUGGCUCUGUCACAGGAGAAACAGAGACGGAUAGUUAGGAAAGCGUUCAGAAAGUUGGAUAAAAUCAAUAAGAAAAGGGCGCAGGCUGCGUCCAAAGAUGCCUCAUCUAUGGAGAAGAUGGAGACCCUUGUGCACCUGGUCGUUUCUCAAGAUCACACCCUCCGCCAGCAGAUUCAGAGGAUAAAAGAGCUGGACAGAGAAAUUGAAAGGUAUGAGGCCAAAGUUCAUUUUGAUAGAAUGAAGAUGCAUGGGAUCAACUACGUCCAGGAUACGUAUUUAGUGGACGCCAACCCUGAUAAAGUUAGUGAGGGGGACAAAACGAGCCCAGAAGCAGCUCUCGCCCAGUUUGAGGAAUAUGCUCAGAGAUGCGAGGAGGUCAUCAAACUGCAGGAAGAACUGUCUAAACACGAGGCCCUCAUGGAGAGCAUUACAACUGAGCUUCAAGAGGAACUCAACCAGAGGUGGAUGAAACGAAGACACGAGGAACUUGCCAAUAAAGACUCUGAACCCACUUCUGGCGAGACGUCUCUCAGAGUCACAACUCAAGAAAAAGAUGAUGGACCUUCAGCGGUGGAUGUGUCGUCUGACAACGAGUUGCUUCUGGAAGAAGAGAGGAUCAGAACCCAACUUGACACCAGUUUGUACAUCGGUCUGCGGCUGAACACUGAUUUGGAGGCCAUAAGGAAUGAUUUGGACUUGACCCAGGAGAUAUGGGGGGCGAAAGAGAAAGAACUGAGGGAUUUAAUGGAGAAAGUCAACUCUUUGGAUUUUGACGAGGACAGUGAGGCCGAAGCUGAGCUGAAAGAGGAAGACACAAUAGAAACAGACAGACUGAUGCCGCUCCAGGGGGACAGUGUGUGGGUGGAGCAGGCGAGAGGGCUUUCAAAAACAUGUGACGUGAAUGAUGACGACUCAGAUACAGGACUCAGCUCAAUGCAUAGUCAAGACUCAGAUAUCACAGCCAUCUGCGAAUCUUUAGUGUAAAAAAAACAAAAAACAGCCUACAUUCAUAUUAUCUGUUGCUGGAUAGUUCGAAUGAACAAUGUAACUGUCUUAAUAUAACACAUUUUACGUUUGCAUACAGUAAACAAGCAUAAAGCGGAAGCAAACAGGAGUGAUGGGAAAGUAGAAAGGUACAAAAUCAAAAUGAAAUGACAUUAUCAAAUCCCGUUAAGAACAUAACUAUGCACUUAUUGAGCAUUCUUAGUCAUUUCUUUUUUUCGUGUUGAUGUCUAUAAGAAUAGAUGGUAGCUUAUUUCUGCCAUUGAAUAAAAAGAAUACAAAUU